UUAUAAAAAAAAAAAAUCGUAUCACCACGAAUUAACCAAUUUAAAUUUUUUCUAAUCAAAAAAUAUUUAAUUAAAAAACAAAUCCACAAUAAAAUGACUACCCGUGUUAAAACUCGUGAAUUAAAAAGUGGAGAAAUUGUUGCCUACAGUGAAUCGGCGAUUCGAAACAAUGCAGCUGCCGUCGAAUAUUGUCGAACCUCAAUGGCUGCCUUGUCUGGUUGUUCUGCUGGAAUCUUGGGACUCACCGGUAUUCUUGGAUUCAUGCUUUAUUUAAUAGCAGUUUUGGGUUUGUGGUGUUUACUUCUUUUGAAAUCUGGAACUCAAUGGAAAAAAUACUUCAUCAGUCGUCAGAGUCUCCUUACGAAUGGCUUCUUGGGAGGACUUUGUACCUAUGUCCUGUUUUGGACAUUCUUAUACGGAAUGGUUCAUGUUUAUUAAGGUUUCAGAGAGAGCUUAGUUUUUAGUUAAUUGUGUGCAAAUAUAGACAAAACAUU